AGGGAGGAAAAUAAGAAAAUGUCUGUUUUCCCUAAAAUAUCCUUGAGACCCGAAGUCGAAGACUACCUCAGGGCGAGCUUUAAGAAUGAGGAGAUUUUAACUGUUUUAGGUGCUCAGGAAGCAGAAAGGAAAUUUGAAACCUUGUUAAAUUACUUGUCACACCCACCAGCAUUCACAACUGUUAGAGUGAAUACUCAUUUAGCAUCUGUAAAACAUGUGAAAGAUUUGCUACUUGAAGAAAUAAAUAAGCAAUUUAAAGGAUUAAGUGUUCCAAUUCUUCAGCAUCCAGAUGUUUGGGAUAUGUUACUUAUUCCUGUAAUUGGACCCAGGAAAAAUAUAAAUAAACAACCUUCCGAAGUCAUUGUUGGAGCUCACUGUGGUAAUGCAGUGCUAAGGGGAGCACACGUCUACGUUCCAGGAAUCAUGUCUGCAUCAAAAUUUAUGAAAGCUGGAGAUGUUGUCUCUGUUUAUUCCGAUAUUGAAGGAAAAUGUAAAAAAGGAGCCAAAGAGUUUGAUGGAAAAAAAGUAUUUCUUGGAAAUGGGAUUUCUGAACUGAGUCGCAAUGAAAUGUUCAGUUUGAGCAGCCCACUGAAAGGCAUAGGUAUACGAAUGACAGAACCAGUAUAUCUCAGCCCUUCAUUUGACAAUGUACUGUCCAGUGCCUUGUUUCUGCAGAAUUUGCCCUCAGCAGUGGUAAGCCAUGUUUUGAAUCCACAGCCUGGAGAGAAGAUUCUGGAUAUGUGUGCAGCACCUGGAGGCAAAACAACUCAUAUUGCAGCAUUAAUGCAUGAUCAGGGUGAAGUAAUAGCACUGGACAAAAUACCCAAUAAAGUAGAAAAAAUAAAGCAAAAUGCUGCAUUAUUACAUUUGAACUGCAUCAGGGCCUUCUGCUAUAAUGGCACAAAAGCACUUGGGAAGGUAGAGAAUGGACAAGGAGGACCACCCUUCUCACCUGAGUCCUUUGAUAGAAUUCUUCUUGAUGCUCCCUGUAGUGGGAUGGGACAAAGACCAAACAUGGCUUAUACCUGGACUCUAAAGGAAGUGACAUCUUAUCAGCCGUUACAGAGGAAACUCUUUACAGUGGCAGUUCAGCUGCUGAAGCCAGGAGGUGUGCUGGUCUAUAGCACAUGUACAGUCACCCUGGCAGAGAAUGAAGAACAGGUUGCUUGGGCCCUCAAGGCUUUUCCUUGUCUCCAGCUUCAGCCCCAGGCACCACAUGUUGGAGGACUAGGAAUGGUAGGAGCUGGCCUAUCUCUUGAUCAGCUGAAGCAGUUGCAGCGAUUUGAUCCAUCCAUCAUACCUUUAAAGGGCACCGACAUAACCUCUGUUAGAAAUGCCAGCAGAGAAGACAUGAUUUGGUUAGCAAAUAAGGACUGUAUAGGAUUUUUUAUUGCAAAAUUUGUAAAGUGUGAAAGUGUUUAGGAAAAGAAUUAUCGGAAGUCAGAAUUUCGUCGAGUGUGUUACAUAAAAAUAUUAUUGCUGUAGUGUUUUCAGGCCUACAGGCUGAUGAUAUGGUUGCUAUGGAAGCGGGAAAAAUCUUCCAAUUUUUCUUUUAGGAAUCAAGAGUCACAGGUUAAAAAAGUUCAAAGGGUAGAAUGAGAUUAUGUUUAUAAAAAAUUCUUUUUUACUUAUGUCUUUAACAGACUACAAAGAAGAUACCUUCAGAUGUCUGAAAAUAGCUUCUUCCGUUUUUGCUCAUAAAAAAUGUGAUACGAUCAAUGUCAGAUUAUAUUUUCUACAGAUUUCCUUUUUAAAGUGGAAAUUUAACUUUAAUAAAUAAACACUUUGUUAUAUUAAAAAUAUUUUCUGUUCCAACAUUUUGUAAUACUAUCAUUGCAUAAGGAAUUGACAUUUUUAUAUGUUUUGUUAGUUUAUCUUUUUCAGCUGUUAUUUGGAAAAUCUUAUCUCUUGUAACUGAAAUAAAGUUAAUAGUAUUUCUUGAACACUAAA